UAGCUUCAAUUAUUUGUCCAAUAGGAUUCGACUUCUGUGUUCGGUUAGAGAAACUGUUUCGGUAACAGCUGAAGAUAGAGUAUUAGUCCACCUUUUCUGUGUUCAGUACAGAACAAAGCAAAGGCUUUUAACAUGGAUAGACUAGAGGACCUUGCUUCAAGUCUGGAGACACUGGCAUUUCAUGGAUUUCAGACUCCAACAGUUGGCAAUGGAGAGAAGGAAAGCCCAGCUAUAGAGAUACUAAGAAUAAAAGAACAGAUGUCAAAUCAAUGUUUUGAGAUGACUGUGAAACUACAAUCAGGAGAAAGCAAAAGAUCUUGCAGUGCGUCUGAUGCUGAGAAAGACCUGCCAGAUUAUGUUAAUACAUUGGAGGAAGCAAAAAUAACCCAUUUUAACAAGACAUUGGCCUUACACAGGAUGCAGGUGUGGCAUGUCAUCUCUGAGAAGUUGAAACAGAGGGAUCCAGAGGCUGAAGCAAUGAGGAAACUAACCAAUCAUAGCCUAGACCUUUGUUUAAAAAUAAAGACACUUCAGCAGGAAUCAUUUGAGCUUCAGGACCAAAUCACUGCCCUACAAAAACAGAGGCUAGAUCUGAAGCGUCUCACACAUGAAAAAAUGAAGGAAAUGGAAGAGCUGAAGACGAAGGGAGAACACCCUGUAGCAGAAGAGUACAGAAAUGUCCUGCAGAAAGCCCAGUCUUACCUGGAGAAGUACCAGAAGAUGGUUGCCAUCGAACAGAAUGUCCUGCGGGGGAUCAUCAUUGCAAGUAAAGUGAACUGGAGAGAAGACCCCAAACUGAGAGAGAUUGCCAUGACGCUGGAGGACAUUACCAUCUCUGAUGACUGAAAAUGCCACAUGGAGGGGGGGGGGGGGAAUUGCAACAUUAUUGUUUCUAGGUAUAUGUACAGUUAAACAGUGAAUCUGUGGUUAGACAUUGUUUAUGAAACGAUGUAUAUUUCUUUGUUAUGAUUUACAUUUUAUAUAAAUAAAACUUGU